AGACGAACAAAGAGAAGACGUGGAAUCAAGCGCGCAGGGAACGGGUGUUCGAUAUUGUGUUGAUGGAGAAGAGUAGACGCCAUAGCCGCUAGCCGCUAAUAGCUGGGGAGCCAGUGGGAGGUCUGUAUCGGGGUCAUCAUCUGGAACCGCGAAUUGAUCGGACAGUGGGUGCUCUGAAUCUGGUCCUAAUAGCGGUGAAGAGAACAGAAGAAGACGACAAGCCUGCGUCUGACAAUUGAGUGACUGCAAGAGUGCUCUGUAUCUGGUCGUGACAGCGGGAGGAGUCAUCCGCGCGAGAAUGAGCAUAUUUUUUAGGAUAAGGACGGAGGAGUUCGGACGAGAAUGUCCAGCAGCUUGGAAAGCAGAGGGGGGGGGUACGUUUGGUGGCGAUAUCCCCUUGCAAGGAGUUAGUCGGCGGGGAGGAGGUGGUCGUGUACGGGAGCACUGGGGAGAAGAGGAGGAGGAGGAGGGGGUUGAUCGGCUUGACCCGUGGACGCUCGGUAGUUGCCGCCGGAGGAGGAGGAUUGGGAGGUGGGGGAGUGAUGGUGAUGAUGAGGUCUUGAGGCUUGGGAAGUGUGGAAGGAGGCUUGCCAGCAGCAGCAGCAGCAGCAGCAGCGGCAGCAGCGGCAGCUACGUCUCGUAUGAGUGUGAGCGAUCACGGUUUUUCAGCAGGUGUAGGAGACUCAGUGAGAUUUGGAGGUCCCGAUCGGGGCGGCAGCAGAGUAGACGUGGAGGGCACGGUCCUCGGUUGAAGGUGGAGAUGGUCGACUCUGUGCCUGAUGACGUCAGCGAAAAAUUUGACCCGCCGGAGGUUUUGGCGCACAAAAUAGAUCGAUUGGGCGACAUGAUUCGAGACAGCCAGUACAUGGUGGCAUACACGGGCGCCGGGAUCUCGACGAGCGUGGGUAUUCCCGACUUCAGGGGCCCUGAGGGGGUGUGGACGCUGCGCGCCAAGGGGCUGUCCCCUCCGCGUCGUCGCGGAGGGGGUGGUGGUCCCCCGCAGCCGUCGCUUACGCACAUGGCGCUCGUGGAGCUAAUCAACAGAGGCAAGCUCAAAUUCCUAAUUAGUCAGAACACGGACGUGUUCGGGCUCCAUCUCCGCUCAGGAGUGGAUCGCCGAUUUCUUGCGGAGCUGCAUGGCAACACCAACUCAGAGAUCUGCAGAAGCUGCGGGGAGGAGUAUUGGAGGCCAUUCUCCACGCGGGAGGCGUAUCAUGUCCACGAUCACAAGACGAGUAGGAGGUGCGACAGAUGCGGAUCUGUUCUGGAAGAUUCGAUCAUCAACUUCAACGAAGCUCUGCCGGCCAGGACGCUCCAGAAAGCCAUGCAGCAAUCGGAUAUGGCGGAUCUGGGGCUGGCGCUGGGGAGCUCGCUGCGCGUCUCCCCCGCAGCCGACCUCCCCCUGCGCAUUCUUCGACGCGGGAAGCCGGUAGUUAUCGUCAAUCUCCAGACAACACCGAUCGAUCCUGUCGCAACGAUGAAGAUCAACGCGCGAGUCGAUGAAGUGAUGGAGGGGGUGAUGCGCAAGCUGGGAUGGGAGAUUCCCCCCGUCCGAGAUCUGCUGACAGAGGAGCGCAAUCCGCCGCCAGCUGGGAGCAGCGGCUAAAUGACUAAGAUGGUGGCAGAUUCCUGCCCCCCGUCCCCUUCCCCCCCUCCCCCGGUUCGAAUAGCGCAAUCCGCCAGCUG